AUGCCUGCUUCCGCCCACGCAGAGCUGUCCACGCCUGCUGCCGCCCACAGAGAGCUCUCCUCGCCUGCUGCAGCAUCACCAGAGCUCUCCUUUCCUGCAGCAGCAUCACCAGAGCUCUCCUCACCAGCAGCAGCAUCACCAGAGCUCUCCUUGCCUGCAGCAGCAUCACCAGAGCUCUCCUCACCAGCAGCAGCAUCACCAGAGCUCUCCUCGCCUGCAGCAGCAUCACCAGAGCUCUCCUCACCUGCUCUCCAGUCCCGGGUUCCACACCGGCUGCAGGGCCUUCAGGUCCACACUCUCCAGGGAGUGUCCCGGACACCUCCCCUCCAUGUUCUCCAGAGGGGGUCCCAGACGCCUCCCCUCCAUGUUCUCCAGAGGGGGUCCCGAACGCCUCUCCUCCACAUUCUCCGGAGGGGGUCCCAGACGUCUCUCUUCCACAUUUUCCAAAGAGGGUUCCCAAAGCCUCCUGUCCACACUCUCCAGCGUCGUCUCCGAGGGGGUUCCAGACGCCCCUCUCUCCUGUGCYAUCACUCGAGUCAGACAACCCUGAGACCCGAUUUGGUGUCCUUGGAGGAGAAGCUGCCGCAUCACCAGAGCUCUCAUCGCCUGCUGCAGCCCACGCAGAGCUGUCCAUGCCUGCUUCCGCCCACGCAGAGCUGUCCACGCCUGCUGCCGCCCACAGAGAGCUCUCCUCGCCUGCUGCAGCAUCACCAGAGCUCUCCUUUCCUGCAGCAGCAUCACCAGAGCUCUCCUCACCAGCAGCAGCAUCACCAGAGCUCUCCUUGCCUGCAGCAGCAUCACCAGAGCUCUCCUCACCAGCNCUCCUCACCAGCAGCAGCAUCACCAGAGCUCUCCUUGCCUGCAGCAGCAUCACCAGAGCUCUCCUCACCAGCAGCAGCAUCACCAGAGCUCUCCUCGCCUGCAGCAGCAUCACCAGAGCUCUCCUCACCAGCAGCAGCAUCACCAGAGCUCUCCUCGCCUGCAGCAGCAUCACCAGAGCUCUCCUCACCUGCUGUAGCAUCACCAGAGCUCUCAUGGUCUGCUGCAGACCCAUCUUCUCUGUCUGGUCCGCCAUCUCCCUCAUUUUCAGUUUCUGAGUAUCCUGAGUCUAAGCCUGCCCCAGAAUUCUCCUGGUUUCUKUCCAGACUGACCAGGAUCAACCCACAGGGCUCCAGCUCUGCCUCGGCUGGCUAUUGGGCUAUCCUCCAGAGCCACAGCUCCGCCUUGGCCAGGCCCUGGGCCGACCUCCUGAGUUCCUGUUUUGUCUCAGCCUUGGGCCUGUUUCCUGAACUUUUGCUUUCCCUCAGAUGCACCUAG